CUGCAAUUUCGAGAUUACUUUUGUGGCAUUAGCGUUUGACGAGUUGUUGCUACACCAGAGGAGAGAACGCUUGAUCUCCCGUCUAUAUAUUAUCUACUUCGUUUUCCAUCAUCGUUUUCGCUGUCUAUCGUCGAAACGCUUCGAGUCCAGUCAGCCAAUGGCGACCAACUAAUGCAUCCUCUCUACGCAGUGAAAUUUCUUCAGACAACUUGCGAUCAAGACGCCCAUUCGACACGAGUCGUAACGCAACUUUGUGACUAAAUAAUAAAUUGUGGAUAUAAAUUGGUGCUCAUCAAAGCAAUUUUCGUACGUGUCAAUUGCCGAACAGUCAAGAGAUUAGAAUUGGAUAGUACAGUUACCACCGGACAGAUCAAAUAUCCGACUUAGAAUUAUUUUAACCGUAAAGUGUGGAACAAUGGAGUGCAACUUCAAUCUUACGAAAAUAUCGUGCAAUCAGACGAUUGACGUAAUGUUCCGGGAUCUAUCGUACGCGGUCCGAACCAGGUAUCGUGGGCCGAAGAAACAGAUCCUCAAAGGCCUGGACGGAAUCUUCCGAUCCACCGAACUGACGGCUAUCAUAGGACCGUCUGGUGCUGGCAAGUCGACGUUGCUGAACAUCUUGAGUGGCUUCCAAGAAGGCUCGUACACAGGAACGGUGGAGUACCUCAACCAAGGCAACAAGCAGAGUCAGCGUAGUUGCAAAAAACAGUUGCGCUAUAUUCAGCAGACGAACAAUCUGUAUGACUAUUUCACCAUCAACGAGAUCAUGAUGAUUGCAAGUUACCUGAAGAUUGAUCGGAGUAUCUCGCGUACGUCCAGGCAGAUACUAAUCAACGAUAUAUUGAGCACGUUAUCGUUAUUGCACAUCAAGGAGACUCGAACUGACCGGCUGAGCGGUGGUGAAAAGAAAAGGCUGAGCAUCGCCUUGGAGCUGAUUGAUAAUCCGUCGCUCAUAUUCUUGGACGAACCAACUACCGGUCUGGAUUCUUCGGCGGCUGUGCAGUGCGUAACCGUGUUGAAGAAACUGGCGAAAACUGGCAGGACGAUUAUCUGCGCCAUACACCAACCCAGCGCAGCGCUUUAUGAGAUGUUCGAUUAUAUUUACUUAGUGGUGGACGGCUAUUGUAUGUAUCAUUCGCCGCCCGGCGAUACGGUCAAGUACUUUGCCCGUCAAGGUUUCCAGUGUCCAAAAUAUCACAACCCCGCGGACUACAUGCUGGAAGUGGUGUCCAAGGAAUACGGUAACUACGACGAACAGUUGAUCGCGGCAAGCAAGUGCUCUUCUGAGACGGACGAUGAGGUACGUUCGUCAAACUCGUCAUACAACAUGAUCCAGAAGAUAUCCAACAACCAUCAGAUGAUAGCAUUGGCGUGCCCGCCGACGGAACUGAUGCGAUUCUGGGUGUUGCUACAGCGCUACAUAAUGUUAACAUAUCGUAACCGCCAGACGAUGUAUAUCUCUCUGAGCGCUCACUUAUUCAUAUCGAUUUUAAGUGGUCUGUUGUAUGAACACAGCGGCGAUGAUGCCAACAAGGUAUUCAGCAACUGCUGCUAUUUGUUGCAGAGCGUUUUAUAUCCGUGUUUCAUCGGCCUGAUGAACGUGGUUAAGUUUCCCUUAGAGAUUGACAUUCUGCGGAAGGAGUACUUCAACAAAUGGUACCAGUUGAGAACUUAUUAUAUGGCCAUAUUAGUGAGCACAAUACCGUUGCAGAUAAUCUACGGCUUAUUGUACUCGUUCAUUACCUACUACAUGACCAGUCAACCGCCUGAAUUCUCUCGCUUCUUUAUGUAUCUGAUUAUCAUUAUCUUAUCUUUCUUCAUUUGGGAAGGUUUCGGCUUAGGAUUGGGCGCGACUUUCGAACUUGUCAACGGACUCUUCGUCGGAUGCUUUCUCACAUGUUCAAUGAGCUCUCUCGCCGGUCUUAUAGUCUUCUUUAAAGAUAUGACCUGUUUCAUGUAUUACAUCAGUUACCUGAGCAUACUGCGAUACGCCUUCGACGGUGCAGUUCAAUCCGUCUACGGUAAUGGUCGUGAGAAUUUACGAUGCUCAGAUGUUUAUUGCCAUUUCCGGACGCCAGGUACGAUACUGGAAUCGCUUGACAUGACUAAAUCAUCGUUUUGGUACGACGUUGCCAUUUUGUUCGGCUGUUAUGUUGUGUUUCGAGUUUUGGCUUAUAUAUUAUUAAAAAGACGACUAUCGAGAAUGUAUUAAAGAAAUUAAGGUGAAAAAUAUAGCUGUGCUAUUAUUGUUAUGAACUUUGAUAUUCAAAUGAGCGAAAUGAAAAUUAUAAAUGGAGGUAACCGUAGAACUUACAUGGGCAGACACUCCGUGGUUUCGAUAAACUACAUGUUGUCUUGAUUCAUGGAAAGAGUUGCGAAAUGGUGACCGAAGCUUCGGCGAUCGAAUUAAAUAUGCGAAAUCGCGCAAUUUAAAUAUGGUUCUGACAAUAUAUUAUUUUCAUGAGCUCAAUAGUGCCUAAUAGCGAUAUUUAAUAUCUUUUCUUUUCCCUUGAAAAUCAGAACCUUCGAGUGUAUUUACAGAUUAUCGAGCAUCGAACAGAGAUCUUGAGCAGAACCACAAUUAUGAAAGUGGUAGGAAGUUUUGAGCCAGAAAUUUUAUGUGUACGGUUAGAAAUAAAAGUGUCUUCGCAAUCACCUGAGUCGAAAUUUUGAUCUUAUUUUCAGCCUUAUUAUUCCAUUCAACAUUUAUUUUGAUACAUUGAAACCUACAUAUUAACUACUUUUGAUUCUACAAUAUCUACAUUUCUUACACUACAUGAUCACAUGCCUUACAUUUUUCGCUCUCCUGAACUCAAUUUUGCGAAUACCGACAUUCUUUUUGCGCUAAAAUGUUCUUAAGGAAUUGUACUAAAUGAUUACGUGAAAACCCAAAAAACUCUUUUUGAAGCUUUCAAAUCGUUUUACUCUUCUUAAACUAAACGAGUCGAAAUUUUAAUCCUUACUAUUCCAUUCAACUUUUAGCCUCACUAUUCCAUUUAACUAUUUUCACGCUAAAAAAAAGUGAAAAGAGAAAUUUCAGACAUCAUUAGAGUAGGAGUAAAUUAUAUCAUUAGAAUUAUAUCUACUAAUUCAGCUCCUACUAUAUUGUAGAAUUCAAGGUUUAAUAUAGAAUCAAAAUAUCAAUACGGGCAAAUUAGUUUUUCCGACUCCAUUUCCUUUCUUCGCUAAAUCCGCGCGUUCAAAUAAAGAAAGAAAGGAUGCCAUCGUAGAAAACGAUUUGUGACAUCACAAACGCUACGUGCGCGCAGUGAUAGAAACUUUGACUCUCGAGCAGAGUUGUAAAAAUAUCAAUUAAAUUCACUUCAAUUUAAUAAUUGUAUUAAAUAAUUUCUAAUUUAAUUAAUUGACGAUGAAUAUAAGCCUAUUUAAUUAAAAAUAUUUUAAUUAACUACUGACUAAAAUCGAAUUAAAAAUUAAUCAGUUGGCAAUUGAUUUGAAAUAAUUCAACUAAAAACUGUUUAAUUAUCGAUUAAAACAAGCGACAGUAAUUAAAAAUAAUAUAAUUAAUUAUUGAACAAUAUCUAAAAUCUAUGUUGUUCUUUGCAAAUUGGUAGAGGACUUUUUCGUUCAGUUCGACUUAAUGUAUAAGUAUACAACGGUGGACAGCCCAAUUGCAGUUUAUCUACCAUAUCGUGCAUUAUCAUUCACCAAUUUUUUAAUUAAUAUUUCGAUUAUUAUUGAGAAUAUCGCAAAACGGUAUAGGACUUUUGUAUUCAUCUCAAUUCGCUUUAUGUCCUCACGAGAGAUUGUGAAGGUGAUACGGGACACCCUA